AUGUCAGCUGCCGGGGACCGCCUCAUCCAGACGGCGGCGUGCCUGAUUAUUGGCGAUGAAGUGCUAGGCGGCAAGACGAAUUCGGCGUACCUGGCAAAAUGGUGCUUCUCCCUGGGCAUCGGCUUGAAACGGAUCGAAGUCAUCGAAGACGACGAGAGUGAAAUCAUGGAGGCUGUCAAACGCAUGAGCAACCGCUACGACUUUGUCGUCACCAGCGGAGGCAUCGGCCCAACACACGACGACAUCACCUACCAGUCCAUCGCCAAAGCCUUCGGACUACCCCUGAAGCUCCACCAGGAGGCCUACGACAAGAUGAAGAAGCUCUCCAAGCCGCACCCCAAGCAGCCCAACUUUGACUGGGACGUCGAUUCACCGGCUCUCAGGGCCAGGCUGCGCAUGGUCUACCUCCCGACGGACGAGUCUCGCCCUCUAAGCGAGCAGUUCAUCUUCCCGCAAGAAGACAUGUGGGUUCCUGUAUCGGUUGUGAACAGGAAUGUGCAUAUCCUGCCCGGAGUCCCGCUGCUCUUCCAAAAGCUGCUCGAUGGACUGAAGCCUCACAUCCUCCCCCGCCUCGUCGACCCCGAAGGCAAAGGAACCCAUCGAAUCAUGAUUUCGACGCCCCUGCCCGAAAGCGCCGUGGCAGAGUUCCUCACCGAGCUGGCCGCCAAGGUCGAGCCGCACGGCGUCAAAGUAGGGAGCUAUCCGCGAUGGGGCAGGAAGCGCAACACUGUAACGCUGGUUGGAAGGGACAAGGAGUAUCUCGAAAGUCUCGUCGCAGAAGUCGAAGCAGCAGUCCAAGGCAAACGCGUCUCCAAAGAAGACGAACUCGACGAGCCGGCCGACAAGAAACUCUAG